AUGACCAGAGGAACCCACGGAACCGAUCCCCUGUCCUCGCCCAAUGCGGAUAUCCCAGCCCUCCCCUGGAGCCUGAGGUUUCCGACCACCGGACUGGUCGAGUACUACCGUCACAUCCGCACGUCCCAUGGAGGUGACCAGGGACGAGGAGCCCACCUGCAUCUCGACUGUUACGCGACCGAGGCAACUGCACGAACAAGCGAGGUCAUCACCCCUCUGCGCAGACGCAGAGGAGAUUACCUGUCGAUCCGCGUGUCCACUCAUCAGGGACGAACCGACCUGACGAGCAACGUGUGA